AUGGGCGUUCUGGAUGGAGCUCUUUUCUCGUUGAUAGAUCUCGUCACCACUAAGCAGACAACAAUCUUUCUGCUGUCUUGUACCUUUACCCUGCUCGUUCUAAGCAGAUAUUCUUCCAAAAGGAACCUUAGACAAGCCAUAGAAACUGUUCGCGCCGUCCGCACCAUCCUGCCCCUGGACGUUCAGUAUCCGUCUGUUAAAGGGUUUAAUAUGCGGACUUAUCGCUGGGCUGCGGUUUCAUCGGCCGAUGACGCCCCUGUACAAUCUCUGUCUCUGCUCAUUGUCACAAGCAGUGCAAUGAACCCAUCCUGGUAUAUUCUCCGUUAUCUCCACGUUUCAGGGCCAUUUCUACUCUUUGAGGUGGCAAUACUGCCUCAAGCAAAGGGACUCUACGCCAUUCUGGUCGGCCAUCACGAAGGCAAGACGUUUAACAACGCAUAUCCGUACGCUGGAACUCGUGUAUCUGACGCAAAGAGUCCUAGCAUGUAUCACCAAGCAUACGAGUCGUGCUCUGGCCUUGCUAGAGGCCUCUAUGACGCCCUUGUCUCCGCAAGUUCUGACCCUAUCGACAUUGCCAAGUCGGUUAUCACAUGUGCUCUGAUGGAGGACAAAGUAAUCUUCCAUACUCACAAUUCCGGAUGUAUAGACACUCUGGAGGGCAUUUUGAGGGCCUUAAGGUCUGUGCUUCAUUAUGCAACGUCGUUCAGCCCAACGGACAUACAGAGAAAACAAAUUGCUAAGAAAAUGCUUGCUGCAGAGCGUGAGAUGGCCAACAUAAAUGCCCAGAAGCGUUCAGAAGAGGCAGCAGAAAACACAAAGAAGCUUCUCAAGGAGUACAACGAGCGCCUUCGGGACCCCCACAUAACCGAGUCAGAACGUAAGAAGAUCAACAGGAAACUUGAUAGCAUUGAAGCCCAGCAGAGGGCCUCUCUGAGCAAGAUGCUCUUUGGAUAUAGCAUGCCGAAAAUGAAGCCCUCCAAGAAGUCUCGCACGCAAAUAAUAUACCAGUAA